GGAUCCCCAGCUCUCAGGCUGGCUGUUGGACCCCACAGAUCCAGCCACUUCCUUCCAGGAUCUUCUCAAUAAACACUGCAGAUAUCCCCACACAACACCAGCCCUGGGGAGCAAGAAGGUUUCACAAAUCAUCACUGGUCUCUAUUCUCUCUACAAACUGAACAGAGAGUUAUGUUCAAAACUUCAGAGUCAGGGGCUUUGGAGGCUUUACUCAGAAAUGGAGUUGAAAAUGAUUCCAGUGCUUGCAGGUGGCGAAUCUGUAUCUUUCCACAUUUCAUAUACUUUUUGACAAACAUACAAAACAUCAUUGUCACACACUGUUUUAGUCAUGGAAGUCUGUCACAUCCACGUUGACAAAGAGGCUCUUAGAAGAACUUCUGACCUGCUGGGGACAAAGAUGAAGCAGUUGGAGCAGGAGGCUCACAAAGCAGCUGGACAGAUGUUCUUGCUCACAAGCAGCACUCAGCUACGAACUGUUCUUUUUGAGAAACUACGUCUCCAUGAGCGAUGUGAAAAUAAGAAGCUUCCCAAAACCAUCAACAAACAGCAGUCUACAUCAGAAGCUGCACUAUUACAACUCCAGGAUCUUCACCCUCUUCCGAAAAUCAUUCUGGAGUAUCGACAGAUCCACAAAAUCAAGUCCACGUUUGUUGAUGGAAUUCUUUCAUGCAUGACAACUAAGAAUUACAUUUCCUCCACAUGGUACCAGACAAGUGUAGUGACUGGGAGAAUCUCAGCUAAACAUCCUAACUUCCAAGCUCUUCCAAGACAUCCUCUUCAAGUGACCAGGAAGCUGCACAUUGCAGGAAAGGAGGAGGAGGUUGUGACUGUCCAUCCUCGAGCCAUGUUCAUUCCUAAAGAGGGUUGGACCUUCCUCUCUGCAGACUUCUGCCAGGUGGAGCUCCGUCUGUUGGCUCACCUCUCCUCUGACCCUGAGUUGCUCCACGUUUUCACCAACCCCGGGGCGGACGUCUUCAGUAUGCUCGCCUCGCAAUGGAAAGGGGUAAAAGAGACAGAGGUGUCCUCAGAGGACCGUGAACGUGCCAAACGCAUUGUCUACUCUGUGGUGUAUGGUGCAGGUCCUGAGCGUCUGUCAGGGAUCCUCGGGGUGAGCACAGAACAGGCUCGCCAAUUCCAGGACAACUUUCUCCAGACGUACAUAGAAGUGCAGAACUUUAUCCAAAAGACUGUCGCUGAGUGUCAGAAAAAAGGUUAUGUUUUAUCUAUCAUGGGCCGGCGCCGUGCCCUUCACAACAUUAACUCUCCUGUUUGGGGUGUUCGCAUGCAAGCUGAGAGACAAGCUGUCAACUUUGUGGUCCAAGGCUCAGCUGCAGAUCUUUGUAAGAUGGCCAUGAUUAGAAUCUUCAACCUACUCUCCACCUCCAGCUGUCCCUCUGCCAGGCUGAUAGCUCAACUCCAUGAUGAGCUUUUAUAUGAAGUGGAGGACUCACAGGUAGACAAUUUGCAGGAACUAAUGGCCGCUCUGAAGAUUUUAGUCGUCAAUGGCAACCGCAUGAGCUUCCACACACUGCCAUGGCAACCACAAUGUGUACUAUUCAGGAUUUACUCCAGCAAACGCAGUAAACACCCUGAAACUACAGAGCCCUGGGCUCUUCUGUCUGAUGACCUGACUGUCACCCAACUGUGGCUGCACCCCACUCCCACGCUGGGCUUUUUGCCUGUGCGUUUCCUGGCAACAGACAUCAGCCAUGACAGCCCUUCCAGUCUGGAGGAGAAACUUGAAGUGAAAAUCUUGACUAGUAGCAAAAGAAGACACAGUUGUGCUACAAGUACUUCGGAGUUCUUGGCACCUGUGGCCUCAGUCCAAGCGAGUCCUAGGUUUGCCACAGUGGUAAAUCUUCACAGGGAGUGGAACAGUCCAUCGGCAGCCAUCUUCAGAGAUACUAAUGAACUCCAUCAGGCUGACCCCUACAGUCUAACUCUAAUCCACACCAUGGGAGCGCUCUGCGUGGAUGACAUCUGA